UGUACGUGCUGAGCUGUGUGGUAUUUUCUGCCACCCGACUAAAGGCCACAAAAUACCAGAGGAAUCCCCAGGCCAACGAGCUAGUGGAUAAGCAGAACUCUUCGACAAGCCCAGGACCGACGCCGCAGAAUGUAUCGUUUGCUGGUGCAGAAGGCGCUCGCGAACAAUUCGAAACGACCGUCCGCCCAACUGUUCGCCGCUAGCCGAUCGUACAGUGGGAGCGCGCGAGGACCCCAUCUGCCACCGUUUCAGGAGGCCGGCUUCGGUAAAGUUCUAGUUGUACUUUCUCCCCUGCUGAUCGGUGGAGGCGUCGUUACAUACGCAAAGUACGAUAAUGAAUUCCGCAAGACGCUUAUUUCAAACGCACCGGCACUCGAGCCGGUUUUGAAGGUGCUGCUGCAAGAAACGAACCCGCUGGAUGAUGUCACGAAAAAGAUGGAUGAAAUCAGCAAGACCAUCAGCGGAUACACUUCCACCGUGACCGGCUUUUUCGGAGGUGGCGAGGAGGAAAAGAAGCCGGAAAAAAAUCCCGAUCUACCGCCAAUCACGAGAUCCAAGUCGGUUCAUGUUCCCGUACCUGCACCUCCAUUGGCGAAGCCUGAACCAACAACUAACCUCGCAGAGAAAGUACCUGAGGCACCGAAGAAAAAGGAAACGCCCGUCAAGGCGCCCACCCCGCCGGUGUCCGCCACUAAAGCCAGCCCGGCACCAGCUGCUGCUGCUUCUGCUGCGGUCGCCGCAACAAAGGCGGCACCAGCGAAACCGGUACCACUGACAUCCGGUACCGAGGAGGUACCCAAAUCGAUCAGUGAUCUUGAACAGCAGGUCGAUGUGGCGGCAACGAUCGCCAUCAAAGAGUACGGCCGUGCGGUGGAGGUGCUGAAGUCCUACACCGAGGAGGUGCGCAAGGUUGUUGAUGCGUCGGUAGAGAAGCUGGACGGAUCGAGCUGGACAACCCUACGCAACCGCACCAGUGCCCGUGACACGGCGCUCCAGGCCGCCGAAGAUGCAGCCGAACAGGCGAAGGCUAAGAUUGAAAAGUUGCACACGCUGCUGAACAGCCGGGAUAUCAAGUGUUCGGACGAGCUGAAGGAUAAGGCGAAGCAGAACAUUGCCGCCUAUCUGGAGCAUCUGAAGAAGGCAAAGGACGAAGUGUACGUCGCACGUGAUUUGGCGGCACUCGGCGAAAAGUACUGGAAGCGGGUCGAAACGGCACGUAACUACUUCGUCGACGAGAUGGAGUCGCUGUUCCCGGGCAUCAAUUUGGCCGAGAAGAAGUUGAACCUUCCGCAGGACGAGCUCGAUCUGUUCAUCCUGCACGCGUACACGCAGGUGAUUGCGCACCAGAAGGAACUGCAGAAGCUGCAGAUCGAGGGCGACCAGAGCCUGCGUCGGGCGCUAGAGGCGGUCCGAGGUUCGGACCAGAGCGAGGAGGUUAAGGCACGCCUGGAAUACGAAAUUGCCAAGGAGAAACGCCAGCUUAGCCUGCAAAACCAGAAGAAGCGACUGUUCGAUCGGGCCGAACUGGAGCAGCAGAUUCGGGAUCAGAUGAAGCGACAAACCGAGGCACACAUCGACCAUCUGAAGGAUGCGCUUACCCAGAAGGAGGCGGAAAUGAAGCGCAAGUUCCAUCGCGAGCUGGACGAGAAGAUCACGACGGAACAGGCCGCGUACAAGCUGCAAUUGGCCGCCAUGCUAGGAAAGUUGAAGGGAAUCAAUAAUGCUCUCGUUGAGAUCGAUACUGAAAUGAAAGCUCAUGCCGACGCCGAAAAGAGUGCCCAUCAGGCGCAAGCCCUCUGGGGAGCCUGCCAAUCCCUGUGGUCAUCGAUUCGCAGUGGUCAGCCGGGUAAAUCGUGGCGCGAUCAGCUGCGCCCGCUGAAGGACGAAAUUGCCGCCGUCGGUCGGGCGGCCGAGGGUGACGAGUUGGUGGACGUCGUUCUGAAGGGGCUCCCGGAGCGAGCCAGAAAUCGUGGCGUGUACCCCGAGGACGCUCUGCGCGAACGGUUCAUCAAGGUCGAACAGGUGGCCCGUCGCUUGGCACUCAUUCCCGCCGAAGGUGCCCGUCUGCCGAUGUACUUCCUGUCGUAUCUGCAAUCCGCCCUGAUCGCUCGCCCAGAUGUUCCGAUCUCGCAGGACGAGCUGGAGAACAAACCAUUCGACUACAGCAAGCUGGACACGUACGACGUGCUGAACCGGGCGCGGUAUUGGCUGGAACGGGGCGAUCUGGUGAAAACUGUCCAGUACGUUAAUCUGCUCCAGGGUGCCCCGAGAAAGGCGGCCCUGGACUGGCUGAACGAGGCACGUUUGCUAUUGGAAACCCAACAAGCUGCCAGCACACUGAUGGCCCAUGCAGCCGCCAGCGGAGUCCGUUUCCUGUAAGCCGACUGGUUUGCAUUAUUUGUCACCUUUUUUCCGCCAGCUGAGAAAGGAAAGAAACCCCAGCCUCCUUUGGUGCGGACGAAUUGAUGCUGCCAUCCCCCGGGGGCAGAGAACGCGUGCGCCAGACUUUGUUGUUUGUGUUGUCUGAUUCGAUUUAGGUUUGCUUUGCCGGUAAGGCGACGGAAAAUUACAAACGCCAUUCGGGUAUCAAAUAACUUAGAACAAGAGCAAAAGUAUUUUACCGUUUGUUUUCCCCCCGUUGGUUUUGCCAUUAAAACUAAUGUCCUGGAAACAAACUUUGUUCUUACUAUUGGUGCGUACUAUUUGGUGAUUUUAAGCAAAUAAAAACAGGAGGGAUUGUAAUUAUUGAAAGAGGGAUUGGAAUAAUGCGACUGCAGUGCUUGCUUGUGGGAGUGCAUCAACAAUAUUCGCAAUGGAAUAAUUUGGCAAAAUUUAAUGUAGGCAGAAAAAAUUGAUUAUUUAAUAAAACCAGUCAUUUCACAUGGAUUAAU